AUGUCACAUGAUACAAAAACAACUAUCAAAGAAGCUCGCCAGGCAUAUAAAGAAAAUAAUUAUACAGAUGCGAUUAUAAAAUGUAAAACAAUAUUAAAUACGGAACAAAAUAAUUAUAAGGCACUUACAUUAUUGGCUGCAGCGAUGUUGAAAGUUGGUGAAUAUAAAUCAGAAAUUCCAUUAAUUCUACAAAAAGCUAUACAAAUUGAAACAAAUAAUCUAAUAGCUUGGUAUGGUUUAAUCUCCUACUAUACAAAAUAUUUGGAUGAUAAUGAUUCUUAUAACAAAUUAAUAUUGAUCUACUGUAAACUUUUACGAUUAGAAAGUGAUACUCAGUUUUCGUCUAUUUUGAAUAAAAUUUCUGAGCUUUCAUUGCAAGUAAAAGAUGUUCCAACUUUAAUUCAGUGCGUUGAAUAUUUAAGAGAGUUACGAAAAGAAUUGGAUCAAAAUAAACUUAAAAUGAUUGAUAAAACACUUGGGUGGAUAUUAAUAGACAAUUUUAAUAAUCUGGAUAAAUAUACCAAUUUAUUAGAGAGUGUUUUUAAAUCUGUAAUUAAUGAUCUUAAUACAGUUGACCAAAAAAAUUUUUAUACAAAAUAUUUAAAAGUAUUAUAUAACAAAGGUGAAUUAAUUGUUUUAAUAAAAGAAGCUAUAAAUAUACAUCAGCAAUUUCCACAAGACAUUUUACCAUUGGAAUAUAUAUGCCGUGUUUAUUAUGAACAAGAUAUAUUGGAUGAAAAUUUUGUUGAUAUCGAUAUAUCACAAUUUUUUGAAUAUCUUUUAAAAUUGGACAAAAAUUCUGAAGUUGCUGUAAUUGCUAAAGCAGUGUAUUUAAGAAAAUCAGAUAAUUUGAUUACGGCACGAGAAAUAUUGAAACAAAUGCUUACACCAAAGCCGCAUUCGGUAUAUGGUUGGUUGGAAUUGAGUAAAAUAAGCAUAAGGCUUAACUGUUGGGAAGAUGCAGAAGUUGCCGCUAGACGAGUAUUAGAAAUUAAUCGUGGAAUAAAAGACGAAUUAUUAUAUCAAAUGCAAUUAAUAGCACUUGAAUCGAUAAGUAGAAGUAGCGAUAAACACAAGUGGGAAAUUGCUCUGCACGAAUGUGAACAGGUACGCCCUUCCACGCAAUUACAUCUGAUUCAUACACGUAUUAGUAUACUGUUGAAUCAAUCAGAUGCAUACAUUCUACUGAACAAUUUGGAAUCCCAACAUAACAUCAAAAUGGAAGCUAGUAUUCUUCGUGCACUAUAUUUGAAACAAAAUAAACAGUUCGACGAAGCAGUAAAUAUUCUUCACUCAGUCUUAGAAACGUCUGAAGCGUGGUUACUUCUUGGUGUAAUAUAUUGGGAAAUGACCGAGUAUAAUUACAGUUUAAUGGCUUUCUUAAAUGGAGUGAAAGCCGAUCGUUAUAAUUGGGAAUGCCUAAUUUAUUUGGGGCAUUAUUAUCGCGAAUAUGGCAAUGACUUGGAACGUUCUAGAAGAUGUUAUCAGACUGCAUUAAAAAUCAAUCCAAAUUCUGAAGAAGCUGGUAUCGGUUUAAGUACAGCGUAUAGGCUUCUUAAAAAUCAAGAUGCGAAUAUACAGUUGUUGCAAGUAUUAACUACACAAGGCAGUGGACCUAAGUGGGCAUGGUUACAACUUGGUUUACAAUAUCUUGACCGAGGAAAUGCGGAGCAAGCUAUUAAGACGCUCCAACAUGUUGUUAGACUUGACCCUAAUGACUGUCGCUGUUGGGAAUUACUAGCAGAUGCAUAUUUUAUACGAGGCGCAUAUACAUCAGCAUUAAAAACUUAUCAGAAAGCGUUAGAAUUGUGUCCAGGGUCUUUAUAUCCAAUGAUACAAUUAGCAAAUAUAAAAUUGGCUAUUGGACAGUACGAUAAUGCAAAGGAAGACUUUGAACACAUUUUGGCAGAUGAUUCGCAUUAUAUUCCUGCUUUAAAAGGACUAGCUGAAGUUUGUUUUGCAUUAGCCAAUUAUUAUACUGCUAAGCAAUUGUUUGGUCAUGCGAAUGGUUAUCUACAAAAAGCUAUGGAUAGCUUAGCUACAGCUAUUAAAGUACGUAGAGAUGUAUCCUGCGUUUGGAAAUUACUUGGCAACGUGUACUACAAAGCUGCAACGUUACCAGAAAAAUAUAGUUACUUAAAUAUAUCGUCUAUUCCAGUACACCAUGAAAAUAUCGGAAAUAUUGCAUUAAUUAAACAACGAUCUAUGUUUGCAUUAUCUAUAAAGUGUUAUCGUGCUGCCAUAUCUCUUUGUCCACAAUUAUCUUCGCUAUGGCAUGAUUUAGCUUUAUGUUAUCUAAUGCAGCUGCGGUAUUAUCCAUGCAGUACCGACAAAAGUGUUGCUAAUGAAUGUCUAGCUGCUGCAAAAUAUGCUGUUAAAUUAUGUCCUUCGAUAUGGAUGCAUUGGAAUCUUUUGGGUGUUAUUUGUAUGUCGCCAUUUAUAAAGAACUAUGCAUUGGCACAGCAUUCUUAUAUCAUGGCAAUUGACAAGGACUUUAAUAAUUCUGUAGUGUGGUCUAAUUUGGGAACUUUAUAUCUGCACAUAGGGUAUUUGUAUAAAGCGAACGCAGCUUAUUCUCGAGCUCAGACUGCAGAUCCUGCAUAUAUAAAUUGCUGGACAGGGCAAUCUUUAAUUGCUGAAAUGAUGGGAAAAGGAGAAGCAAUGGACUUAUUUCGACACGCAACACAAUUAGGAUAUCAUAGCCAAGCUGCCAUAGGAUAUACUCAUUACCUACUUAAGACAAUUUUAAAUUCUUCUGCCAUAUAUGACAGUUCAGUUUCACAUGUAAUGAAAAAGGAUUACCCUCUUCAUGAUGCUUUUGACGUUAUGACAUGGUACAUUGAACAUCAUCCAAAUGAUUGUCAGGCCCGAAAUGCAUAUGGAUUAUUAUUGGAAAGGCUGAAACUUUAUAAAUCAGCCGCAGAACAAUUUGUUGAAGCUGUAUCUAUUAGUGGCAAUGACGAGAAAGACCUGGUUCGUAUAAAUCUGGCACGUGUGUUAAUACAAAUAAAAAAAUAUAAGGAAGCUAUAAAAUUAAGUCAAACAGUUACGAAUGCCAAUUAUAAUUCUAAUUGUCAUUUGGCAUUGGCUUUAUUCAAAGCGACACAAUAUGUAGCGGCUUAUGACACAUAUGAAGCAACGCUGAUUUCGUUUGCUGAUACUGAUACAAAAAAAGCGUAUACAUUGUGUGCAUUGGCCUCAAUAGCAUAUACUUAUGAAAGAGUAGAUGAUGCAAAAACAUUGUUGUUUCAAUCCAUACAGAUCAAAACACCAGUUAUAACAGGUCUUUUAGCCAGUGCAUCAUUAGGAAUAUUGCACAAUGAUGAAGAUUUAACUGCAUUGGUGCUAAACGUUUUGAAGUUGUAUGAAAAUCACUGUGAAUAUGGACACCACGUUGUGAACUUAUUUGCAUAUUCUCAUAUAAUCGGAAACAAUGCGAAAAGUGCCAUUACUAAUCUCUCUAAAUCAAUUCAUAUGUAUCCUGAUGACGUGAGGUAUUGGGUUCCAUUACUCAGAAUAUUACAGAAAACUGAUUUACAGACUUUCAGCAAAUGUGCUCAGAAGGUACUCCGUCUUAACAAAGAUAUUGCUACUGGACACCACCCACAUGUUGCGUGUGCUUUAUCCAUUAAUUGUUUCACGCAAAUUUUAAUACCAAAACAUAUAAGAUCAGUUCAGAAACUUUUAUUUACUUAUCCUGGUCAUGUUGAAAGCUGGGCCAUGUUCAUCGCAACAUUUUUAUCAAGGUCUACAAUUAAAAGUUGUAAUACUGAUACCGAGUGGAUCUCAAAUUUCAUAACUAUUAUACAACAAAAUUAUCAGACCACGAAUUCGAUGUCGAAAUGGUUGAAUGACAGUAAAAUGAAAUUAGGUCAGAUUAAUUAAAUGAAAAAAGGUUCUGUAUCUGUACAUUGCAAAAUGAGUAAGAUGGAGUGUAUUUUUGCAAUCAGAUGACUAUAACAGAGGACGUGAGAUACCACAAUACUAGUGUUACAUCGUUGAAGAUAUGAACAGAAUAUGUAAGAAUUGAUGAAGAAAUAAAUAAAA